CUGUGAGUUCAUCCGUUUGUCACUGACUUUUCUGUCGCUCAUCUGUUGUUCUCGCGAGUUGCAGUUUUUCAGUCGAAAGUUGUUACGGAGUUCUAAUUUUCCACCGGAUUUUAUCAAGAUGCUGACGAACCAGAUCCAGCAGGCCGCCCGUAUGUUGGGAGCCCAGGCUCGCCGCAACUAUGGCGUCAGCGCGGUCGUCCUGUCCAAGGCAACCGAUCCGAUUCAGCAGCUCUUCGUCAACAAACUGCGCGAGUACAAGAGCAAGAGCAGCGGCGGAAAGCUGGUCGAUGCCACACCCGAGAUCGAACGUGAGCUCAAGCAAGAGCUGGAGAAGCUGGCCAAACAGUACGGAGGCGCCAGCGGUGUUGACAUGACCGCCUUCCCUACCUUCAAGUUCGAGGAACCCAAAUUGGGCCCAAUCAACUCCAGCAGCGCCUAAGCCGGUGCUUGCGUUCGUGUAAACUUUUCGAAAUUCGUGGAAUAAAAUACUGAAACUCUUAGUCCCUAAA